CCGAGAUCAAGAUCCUGUAAUCACACCUUCACUUUUGAACUGUAAUUCUACACAGCGGAACUCACAGCUUGGGUGAUUACCUCUUUUGUUUUAAAAUGAUUAAUACCAACCAGCUCUCAGUGUUGGAGUCAGUCAGUUGCUUAUCGUGCUUCUUGGUGUUUACGCUCAAGCGCUCGUACAUACGGAACGUUACCAAAUUACGCAGUCAACAAACGUGUUUAUUUUCAAAAUGGGAAGAAGGAGUUGGUGGUUAGAAGAGGACGGACCUAAAAUAUACGUUUAUGUGAAUGAAGGAAAGAAGAAAGACAGGCUCACCGAUAGAAAGACUGGCGUCCCUUAUCCUCAUGUUGAAAAUGUUGAAGUUUAUCCAAAGAAAACCGACGCUGUGAAGUUUUUUUUUCAUUCAGAUUCUGGAUCUUCCAUUACUUGCCCAUAUGUAUUGGAACGUACAUACUUUGAAUGGAAUAAGUCACAGUAUAGCAAAAAGUUUAAAGAAACAAGUAAUGUAAGAGAGUUUGUUUCUUUGUUCAGUGAAAUGCUUUCUACAAAUACUGAACGAAAUACUGCUCCAGGAAAUUCCAGUGACUCUUGUAGUGAUGUUGAAGAUAUGUCUUUAUCGAGUGACAGUGCUUCAUGUAGUGAGAGCAGUGAUAAGUCAUUUGAGAAAGCGGUCAGAAAGGCCAAACGUCGUAUCAGUGACAGUACAAAAGAUGUUAGUGUGGUGUCACUCAAACGUCAAAAAUAUAACACAGAUAUAGAAGAAUGCAAACAAGAUACACAAUCAACUGUUCAACAUGCUUUUUGUGGUCAUUUCCUUAUAUCUGUCAGAGCACUACAAGGUGGCCAACAAAUCAGAGUACCAGAUAAAGUAUUUUUAGACAAAUUAGUGAAAUCCAUGGAAAAAUACAAAGAUGAGUCCUAUCAGCCGCUGUGUUUAUUGGUAAAAGAUGUUUCCUCUGCUGAACAGUUUGAUGGAGCUAAGAGAAAUGGUUACCAAUAUGAUGUCAUAGGUGGACAACACACAUUAUUGGCAAUUCAGGAGUUAGCCAGAAAAUUCCCACAGGAUGAAAAGCUCAAAACUGUAAACUGUGUUGUUUAUGCUGGCCUCAAUAAUGAGGAAAGAAAGUGGUUGGGGGUGAGACACAACAAGACAGGAGAAUUUCGUCAUGCACUUUCUCUGAAAGAAAAGGUUAUGAUAUGUUAUGGAAGAAGAAAAGAAAUGCCCAAAGAUACAAAAACAACAUUGUGGAAAGAGUCGUGCAAAGUUAUACUGAAUGAGGAUAAGAACAGCCAAACUUUAGACGUUGCAUGUGCUUUGGCAUCUUAUGAUGGUUUACUCUAUAACAAAAUUAUGGAACUGUUUGAAAAAUAUGAAGAUGGAGAUCUCAAAGAACAAAGAAUUAAAAAGAAAGACCAAGGACACAAGCCAGAUAUAAAGCCAUACAAGUUUAAAUACUUAAAGAGUUUAGAUGCAGACACAGUGCUGGCAUUGGUGUCAGAUGUUCAUUUGAAAAAGAGAGCCAAAUUCUGA